GCUUCAGCUUGAGGGGGCAGGAAUGUGCUGACACACUUUUGAACGAUUCUUCUCCCACGCGUGCGACUCACAGCGUCGACACAACGUCUCAGGGACACACAUCGCCUUCAAGACCUGUGCGUAAGGUGCUCUUCGCUACCAGAAGGCGAGGCAGCAAAGCAGGUGACAGCAAUAGGCUCAGCUGCUGUCGUCUUCUUGUGCCCUCACUAGUACUCGAAACAGCGCAGAGUAUCAUCACUAUCAAGCAUGAGCAGCGAUACACCGAGUGCUGCCGCACAUGUUUCUUCAAGUGCACUUGAUCAAGACCACGAGCACCCGGAACGGGAUAGGGUUGAUACGCCUUCACCAACUGAUUCGAAUGGUCGCAGACGUCGAUCGUCUGAGGUAGCCUCGCGCAAGAUGGAUGCUUCGCGUAGCUCGGCGGCGCUUGGGAUUCGCACUCCAGAACCCAAGCUGGAGCGUACGUUGGACGACCAGCGAAUAGACUCUGCUGUACCAGCCGCCGCCGCACCGCCAAGUUCAAUGUCGCACGAUCUUCCACUUCGUCAGUACAAGCGCUCUCCGCCUGGCAGCCUCGCUUCAGAUGAUGGCAUGAGCGGCGCCUCAAGCGCGUCAUCCCACCGAGGCCCUGGCAGUGACACUGUCAUGCGUUCACGAGACUCUGGACGAGCAGAGCUUGCGAGCAGUGGCAGAGCGGGGAGCGCAAAGCGCAGAGAUGUAGAUUCCCGGGAUUCACGUGCGCCCAUACUGCCACCCGUACGAUCAGAAAGUGUCUCAGAUCGCUACCGCCUAAGCGCAUCUUCAAGAUCGCCACGUUCUUUGGAGGGGCGAUCUUUGCGCUCGCAAGCUCCACUCAAUGCUGAGCUGCCGUUGCCUUUGCGAAGGUCGCGCUCUCCUGGUACAGAAGGGCUUUUGCCUCCUUCGAGGGAACCACGCGAGGCCUUCCUUCAUGGUGAUCAUGAUCAAGUCCGCGCGACACAGAGACGGGGAGAUCGAGACGCCACCUCGUCUGCAAGCUUGCGCAACAAUCGAUUCAUGCACAUCGAUAGUCUCACCGGCGAAGCAGGACUGCCGAGCAGCCGCGCUGAGGAGUCGCCCUCCUUGAUGCCUUCUUUUCGCGGCUACCGAGGCCCGAGGCCAGAGAUGCAGCAUCGGCAGCACCCUGCUUACCUCAAUGCAGCGUUGCACCCGGGAGCGGCGGGUAGUUCACGCAUUGUCCUGCCUCUUCCGGCCUCGGGAUUUCCCUAUCAAGGAUUUUCAUCAAAGUCAGAUCGUCAAGGUCCCGACCCGUACAGACCGCGACAGCUCCCCGUGCCUAAGAGCCCCACGUCGCGAACCACUGCAGUGGGCCGGCCACGCGCCACUUCCAGCGUCGCGCCCACGCCGGCCGGAAAGAGCGAUCUUAGCUUGGCACAUUCGCAUGCGACGCCGGGCUCAGGACACGGUUCCGACUCUGCCGGUCCAUCAAGUGUGCCCCACGCCUUUGCCUCUGCGAUGUCCAGCAAGCAACAGCAAAGCUUCGUCAGCAAAUUGUAUGCAAUGCUUGAGGACCGUUCGAUCAGCGAUAUGAUCGAUUGGACACCUGAUGGAACGGCAUUCAGCGUUGCAAAUCCAUCAGAGUUUUCUAGAUUGAUCCUUCCGAAUUGGUUCAAGCACUCUAAUUGGCAAUCAUUCGUUCGGCAACUCAACAUGUACGGAUUUCACAAGGUCAAUCACACUUUCCAGGGCAAUCCCAAUGAUGAGGUCCAGGUCUGGGAGUUCAAACACAGCCUGUUUCGACGUGGCGAUGUGCAAGCUCUAGCCGACAUCAAACGCAAAGCCGCUCGACAUCGAAAUUCUGACUCUCAGUCGCGCAGUCUUGCAGCAGCUGCUUUAGCGUCUGGCAUACCCAUUGGGGACUACGACAGCUCGAAUUUGUAUCGCGGAGACGAAGGUAUGCAGCAAGAUAUGGAUAGUCCCACCUCGUCACCUGAGAUGCCGAUGUCGAAUUCCUUGCCGGAGACAUUGAGUCUAGGACUGCGCUUUUACGAUAGACAAGGAGAGGCAAUUCGCGUCACAGCGCAUAGCCGAGAGCAAGUGCCGCAGCGCGCGGUGCGGCACCGCUCAGACUCCCAGACGUAUGGUCAAGCGCAGCAAGGCGCGCAAGAAUCUGCUGGACCUGCGCACCGCUCCUCGGGCAUCGAAGGCCAAGUGCCGCGCGCAGGACCCGCUGCUGAGAACUCAGCGUCAAGCAUAGAUCUCAACCUAGUCGCAGGUCGCAUAAGUGAUGUCUCGGAGCGCGUAGACGCCAUCAUCCGACACUCGAGCUUUGUGGAGAAGGAGCUCCUCCGCCUCACGGCGGAGCUAGCGAUGUCGCGCCAGACCGAAGAGGAUCAAAAUCGUCACCUCAUGUUGCUAGAAUCUCAGGUCCGCUUCCUUACAGAGAGACUGGAGCGCUUUGAAGAUGCUGCUGGAAGGUCGAGGGACCUCUCCGCACAGCCAGCAACUCUGCGAGAUCAGCCUUUGCUCCAUUCGAGCGGAGCGGGCCAAUCAGCUCGCUCCCAACAGCCCCGGCCCCCAUGAUCAGGCACCUGGUAAUGAAUGGACGCCACUGACUAGCUCACAGUCUUUGGCGCAAGACGCUGCACGGGCGAGUCAACCAGCUCCCCGCCGAAACUCCUCUCUCUCUCUCCCCCACACCACACCAAUCUGUGCACAACACGAUACAUCACCCCCCCCCCCCCCCCCCCCCAGAAUCUUCCAUUACUUGGUCUUUCCGUCACCGUCACAAUCAAUCAACUCUUUCUCAAGAAUUCUGCCCCAUCAACAAUUUUUCAACAAGAGAUGCGGUUUCUCAAUCCUCUGCA